AGUGACAGGGAAACGUUUGAGAUUGUGAGGAAUGAUGAUGAACCAAACAGGGUUCGUAUCAGAGCACCGAACGGUCUGUUUUUACAGGCCAUAUCAGAGACUGUGGUACUUGCAGAUUACCAAGGAUCCAGUUGGGAUGAUAAUGACCCUUCGGUUUUCAAGAUGAAUGUUUUGACAGGAAGCAUUCUAAGAGGGGAAUACCAAAUUACAAAUGGCUAUGGUCCUGACAAAGCUCCCAAAAUCAUGCAGGAUCACUGGAAGACGUAUAUCACCGAAGAUGAUUUCAAGUUCAUGUCAGAAAAUGGCUUAAAUGGUGUGCCUAUUGCAGUCUCUGUUACGCUUUAUGAAGCCAUAUGCUUGUGCAAUGGAAGUAGAGUGAUUGCAUCAAAGGAAAAGGAAAUAACAGAUUGGAAGAAGCUUCACAAGAUCUGCCUUUACUGUUGCUGUGGUAUAAUAGCUGGUAUAGUUAGUGGACUGCUUGGUCUUGGAGGUGGCUUCAUUUUGGGACCACUCUUUCUGGAGUUGGGAAUUCCUCCUCAGGUUGCUAGUGCUACAUCAACUUUUGCUAUGGUUUUCUCUUCCUCCAUGUCAGUCGUACAAUACUAUCUUCUAGAACGCUUCCCAGUUCCCUAUGCUUCUUACUUUAUUUUGAUUGCAACCAUAGCUGCGUUAACUGGGCAGCAUGUGGUGAGAAAGAUAAUAGCUAUCUUGGGACGAGCAUCCAUCAUCAUCUUUGUUCUAGCUUUCACCAUUUUUUUGAGUGCAAUCAGUUUAGGUGGAGUGGGAAUUGGAAACAUGGUUGAGAAGAUGGAAAAUAACGAGCAUAUGGGAUUUCGAAAUAUCUGCCAUCAAUCUUAGCUGUCUUUUGCUUAUAUAGAUCACUCAUGUGGCCACCUUUUUAUGCCUAUCAGAGGAACACACUUCCUCCUAAUUUUUUUUAUAGUAAUGAAAGUCAAUAUGGAUUUUAUUCUUGAAUUUAUCUAUGUAUCAGAAGCAAGUGUGUAGCUCUGUUGUCUCUUUCCAUUCAAGUAAAUA